UCAACAUUAUAACAAAACAACAAAGAUGAUAUUACGUCGGAGACGUUGAGAAGAUUAAUUAGGCCAUAUUCAGUGGUUUACAAGAGGUCGGCGAAACUAAGCAUCAGCGGAGCCAUACAUUACUGAGCUGAAACUAACCGGAUGGAAACAAACUAAUUGAAACUGAAACUGUUCUGAACUUUAUGACAAACCACAGCGACAGAUAAUCAUGUUCAAUUUCUUUGGACUGCGAAAAGACUCAAAGAAGUCAACAUCAUCCGACAAGGAAAUAGAUGGAGGCUUUGUUGUGAUUGGAGAGACGGUUGAAGAGCAGAGGAAGAAGAUACAGACCAUGAACAUCACAUACCCAUCCACAAACGUCAUAGUGCAGCCAGCUAAGUCAUCGUACACAGCUCCAGCUCAACCCACCGACAGACAGCUCCCUACAGCUUCACCCGCCGGGGGGCCAGUGGCGGGGCCCUCAGCAGCGGAAGCUGCCUCGACUCUACCGGAUGUCCUCGGGGACGUCCCCUUCACUUUGGCUCCUCACGUCCUGACCAUGCAGGCCGAAUUCUCCCUCAUUCCCGAUGUGCUGCUGUCUCGGGAUAUUAACUACAACCUGGCUAAUUUUCAGUAUGACUUCACCUUAGAGAACUCUGUGCUUCAUAAUGCCUAGAUUGUUUGAAUUUUUAACAUCAGGACUGUCAUACGGGGGUUCACGCUGUGGAGAACUUGGCAGAUUGUUGAUUAUUUGAGAGUUUCCAGCUUUACAACAUACUGAACAAGCAAAAGUCCACUAAAAUUACAUGAAACAUAGAAAAAGUAGAACAGCAAAGCGUUGAUUUUCUGUAAUGCCCUGUUCUUCUCAUUUCAAAGCAGAGUUUAUAGAACUUAAAUGAAAUCAGAUUGGAAAGGAAACACGGAAGCAUUUCACCCAAUGUAGAACUGAGGAUGAUGAAAAGUUCUGAAUGUUGUAGCAACUGAAUGGACGUGUGGUUGAGUCGUUCCUUGUGUUGCUCUCAUUGUGAACACAGGAAGUACAGCGUGUUACAAUGAUGUUGUCUAACUGUGAACAGGAUAAUCAUGGGUUAUCACAUCUUAGGUUUCGUUCUAUGAUGAUCACAUUACUCUCAUCAAGAAAUAUGCUAAAAUCUGGGAAGAUCACUGCUGAGUAGAAGUCAGCCGGGUCAAACCAGAAAUAAACACACCUGAAAUGUUGGUGUUAAUCUGGUCAUUGACCACAAAUGUAGAAAGUGUGAUAAGUCAAAGCUGAGCAAAGAGGCUGGUCGAUAAACUGGGAUGGAUGGUUUACAAUGGUGAUGUUUUAUAAUGGGCAGUACUGGGUAGUAAUGUUACCAUUCCCCUUGGUUUUCUCCUCCAGAUGAAGUCUAACCUGGUAACCUUGUUUACAACCUGUCUGAUCAUCUGCUUUGCUUUCUCCAGAAUCCUCCCCACCCUGAACCUGACAGGUCCAGACAAAGUAUCAGGGUUUGGGUAAAAGCUCUGGGCCUGGGUGGGGUUUGCGUUUGGUUUGUUUUCAGAUUCAGAUUUCUCUUUCUAAUGGUGCCACUUGUCUAUGUGUGUCUUUGCCCAACAUGAGAAGAGAAAAGAGUAGUAGCCAAUGUAUUUUGUUAGCUUGGCAAGCUAACGGUAGUAAAGCAUAAUUACUUUACUUAAUUAAUUUACUUUACUUAUUAGAGUGUUUUUAUCACAGAUACUCAUGGUGACCAAGACUACAAAAAUGGAGACCUGACCUGUAUUAAAUUAGAAUGAUCCAUUAGUGGAAGUUUGAUAUUUUAUUUCAUAUGGUUCCAUAGUCCUUGAGCUGCGAUGUAUUGAACCCCGCUGCAUUUAAGCUCAUUCGAGGAUGUGGCACCUGGGGGAUGAAGCAAUAACUUUAUUCAAAGCCUAGUACUGGGACUAGGAAAAAAAAAAAAAGCCUACCCUCCUGAGUUCAACCCAAGUCUUCAACAGAAUCACUGGAUAGAAAUAACUAAUCAAUGCCAGGUCUUUUGAAUCAUCAAUUUAUGUAGUUAUGGAGCUGUGACAUUAGAAAUAUGUUUGGAGGAUAAAAUGAAAACAUGUAGCGAGAAUAUUUUUACUACAGCUCUACAGCUCUUAUGUCAUUAUUUAAUAUUAUAUGCCAUUUAUAUAAUUGACAUUACACGCAACAGCAUCACUUCUUGUAACACUUCCUUCUGAUCCGGCAUAUUUUUCUGCCAUCGUUAAUUAGCCGUAUUGUUUAUUCAGUCUGUGUUUCCCAUCAGUCUUUGCUUUCUUCUGUCUUAGAAUGCAGUCAGCUGUACGUGACAUUAGGUCUGACUUUGCUCGGUGUACAGCUUGUGCACUUUUUUUUUGUUCUGUAGAAGUUGUUUGAAGACAUGACAGCAUGUACUGCACACAGUGUGCUCCUGAGAGGUCACGCUGUAUUACCAUACCGUUAAACAUUAAACAUUGAAUGUUGUGAGUAGCACAAGAACUAUAUUUAUUGAUUCUUAGUAGGGAUGUGGCACUCCACAUAAUGUGAAGACUCAUGCUAUCACUUGUUACAGGUAAAUCCAGCCACUCAGUUUUUUUUUACCCAGGCUUUGUUAGUGCCCAGCUUUGAUUUGUUUUUUUUUUGUGCUGUUUAUCAUGUCAGUCUUUCAAUAUCAUCUUUUUAUUUGAGCAUUAAUUCUGCUUGCAUAAAUCUUAGUAGUUAUCUCUUGUGCUUUGCUGCUGAGAAACACUGUAAAAGAUUUAACGGGAUUUCACUUCAGCAUUCAUUCAUCUGUAGUCCUUGUUUGGAGUGCUGUUGUUCGAAUCAUGUUCUGAACAUGUUUCAUGUUUUUACAGAUUAUAAGUUGCCUGGACUGAUGUCUUUACCAGGGUGAUGUCCUACUUUCCUUUGAGAUAUUUUGAUGAAUAUGAGCUUUUUAAUAAAGCACAGAUUUUUUUUUUUGGCUGUGAGGAGGGAAUGCAUUUACAUAGCUGAAUACAGGAAUACUGUAUUUGUGCCUCUUAUUGCUUGUACAUGAUCAAAUUUGGUCUCUUCAAACCUGCUGUGCCUUUAACAUGCAGUCCAUGUACUCGCAGACACUUAUCCAUAUUGUCCCGCUUACUAAAACCUUUUUUCAUGAACCAUCCUAUUCCCUGAGUUUGAAGUAUCUGUCUAAGCUGGUGUUUUAGUUGUGACUGUGGAUGCCAGCUUACUUUACAAAUAAAUAUGAAGAACUUUG